CAGUUCUCUACAACAUUUCAGUGUAUGAACUUCAUUUACUGUGUCAAGAAAUGUCCUUCCAGAUGCCCUUAAAUAAAAAAAUUACUAUGCCACCAAAAAUACAAGAGUCACAGAAAAGAUCAGCAACUGAAUUACAACCUGUGACCAACAGAAGACCGCGACUUGAGGAAGCCCCAAUGCAGCCAAAGUUAGACGUCACAGAGCCCUCGACAUCAUGCAAAGUUACAUUUGGAAAAUUUGAUAAAGGUAUGUCUGUAUCCAAGGCAUUACAGUUUAUGGAUAAAAAAGAUCUUGAGUGUGCCAUCUGCCUCAACAGGUUUCACCAACCAAAGACACUGAAUUGCAUGCACACCUAUUGUCUACACUGUAUCCAAAAAUGGGUGGAAACUCAUGGUAAGAUGAAAUGUCCAACUUGUAAACAAGAACAUGAUUUAAUAAAAGAAGACCUAAAAAAGCUGGCUUCAAAUACAAUGAUAAGUCAACUACUAGAGUAUGUCACGAAAACUGAGGAGCGAAAACCAACUAACUGCUCUUUCUGUGACAAUCAACCAGCAUACCACUGCUCAACAUGUCAACUAUAUUUAUGUGGAGGUAAUUGUAUCAAACAACACAAGAUACUACCUUCCACUAAAGAUCAUCCACUUUACACACUAGACAAAAAGGAACAAGAUGGCAGCUCAGACAAACAAACAAAGUGCUCAGCUCACUGCAAUAUAACACUGGCAUUUUACUGCACCACUUGCAACAAAUCAGCAUGUGAGAAAUGUGAACAUAUUCUUCACUGUAAUCAACAACAACACAAAGUGAUUUCAAUGUCGACUGCAGUAGGUGAGUUUAACAAAGAUGCCACUGAUGCUAUCAAGUUAGCAUCUAAAAUUCAAAAUGUAUUAAAACAAAAACUAGAAUUUAUAGCUAAAGAUAGACCAGUAUUUGAUACACAACUAAAUUUAUGCAGAACAGCUAUUGAAAUCCUAGAAAUCAAAAUUAUCAAGAAAGUUCAAGAGAAGAGCCAAGAACUAAUUUCAACCCUUGAGAAUAUAUAUAAAGAAAAGCAGAAAAACAUUGACAGUAAAAUUAAAGAUAUUGAUGCAGAGCUGAAUCAAAUUAAUGAUUUGAUGACCUCUCUCAAUUCGAUUAUGAACAAACCAGAAGAAAGAGAAUCUCUUAGAUCCCAUAAGGCAACUAUUGAUGGUGUCAGAGACAGGAUCUUGGGAACUGAUUUUGAUAAGCUUUUUCAUAUAAGGAAUUUUAGACCAGAUUUGAUCCCAUCUACACACUUGGAUGAGUUGAUGAAUACAGAGGGCAUUGGUAAAAUCACAACUGUUGAAAGCAUGAUGUACACAGUGCAGGGAAAAAAACAUGGAGACAUUAUUCAUAUCUCACAGGAACUUCCAUUUGAAGUAAUAGUAUCAUCAAGUGAGACAGAGAGUGGUGCAUGCAACUUAGCUGCAACUUUAAUAAACACAUCAGGUGAAGAAUUGGCAACUGAGGUACGAUAUCAGGGAAAUGGAAAGUACAAAAUAAAAGGAGAUUGCGAUGUGCUAGGUAAUUGGAGAAUGAAUAUAACUGCUGGUUCUGCACACAUCACUGGAUCUCCAUUUAAUGUAAAAGUCACAGAGUAUGAUGAUCUCUUUUAA